AUGGACGCUGAUUUUCCCGAAUGGGAAGCUCCAGCGGUCAGCCUCUUCGAUUGUUUGCUCCAGGGGUGUCACGAGAACCCGAACGGUCGUUGUGUACGCUGCGAGAACAGCGUCGGGUGUCCUGUCGCCUCCGUUUCUUCGGACGGCUGGCUGGCCUACGCACAAGUCAGAGCGUACGUGGAUCGCCUUAUCGCAUACCUGCAGAGCGAGCCAUUGAAACUGACUCCAGGGAAACGCGUUGCCGUUUAUAGCGUGUUUCGGUGGGAGGUCUCGAUCGUUCUUAGCGCGGCGAGCUUUCUGCAACUGCCCGUCGUGCUCAUCGACGCACACGAAGACGUCUCCUUUGCUCGUGCGCUACUCAAUAACCAAUGUGUUUCACUUCUGUUUCUUGGUCAGGAACAGAACUGCGAGGAACUCCAGAGCUAUGCAGGUAGGUGUCUGCUUUUGGGAGCGGCGGCUCUAGACCUGCCGUCGCAGCCGCCGACACUAUUCUCGGUACUGCAGGUCGACACUGCCCCGGAGGUCGUGACAUCUGGGCAACCUCGUCGAAAAGACUCCGUCGCGCUGAUCAUGCCAACCGCGGGCAUGACAGGUCCACGACGAGUCAUCUGCGUAACCGAAGAACAGCUAGCCCAAGCCGCACAUGCGCUAGCCCCGUUGCUUCAGUAUACAUCGUCGGAUGUAGUCUGUUUUCUGACAUACUCCAUAUUUCAUCCAUUUUUUAUUGUACAUAUCCUGCUGUUAUUCCGAGCUGGCGGUGCCUUUGGAGCCGAACUCCAGACACUCGACAAUAUACGAAAAAUGCGUACAACCGUGCUUGUUGGCCCAGGUGCUAUACUAUCCACAUUCUAUGAGCUUCUCCGCAAAGAGGGUGAAAAGCUUCGCGGACUUGCGCGUCGCAUCUUUGCGCUGCUCGUGGAGCAACCUCCAUUGAAUCAAUGGGACCCAAAAGCGGCGCUGAAGAGCACGCGAACAGGCAUCGCGCGCUCGGUGAUGCGCAGCAUCCGCGACCUCUUCGUGCCCCAGUAUCGCCUGACGGUCAGCGGCAUCUCGCGACUCGCCGAGGACACACGACUCUGUCUGGAGCGGCUCCUUCUGGAACCUGUACUCGAUGUAUACGGGCCAUCGGAGUGGGCUGGCGUGUGUCUUGCUCGAACGCGCAAACGAGAGCAUGACGAAUGGUUCUGUAUCCUGAGCAGUCCCUUCAACCGUCUGGGCCGUCUCUCGACACUCAUGCGUCAGGGCGAACAUACGGCGUACGGCGAGCUGCACCUCCAUAUCAACGGAAAAUGGACAGCGACGGGGGAUCUCUUUCGUUUCAUCAUGAACCGGGGUCCAAGUGACCCUGAAGCACCGCAAUGGCGAGCGCUCGCAUUUGUGGAUAGGAUCUCGAAGAUCGUGCUUUGUGCAGAGCACGGUGCGAACGAGUUGGAUACCUCUUUGGUGGAGCCAAUUGAGCUUUCUCCACAUGAGAAACAACCGCCGUUUCUCUCACUGAGUCUCAUGGAACGGGCAUCACAGCGCAGUGCCUUUGUUCGACAGUGCUGGAUCUCGUUUGAGGCACCACAGCGUCUCAUGGUUCUUCUGGUUCCCGUCCGCGACAUGGUAUGGAAAUGGCUACGAAUGCGACAAUCCGCGAAUGGCACUGCACUCGUGCCGUCCAGAGACGCGCUUUCGGUCGAGCCGAUGCGAGAUGUCUGCAACGACGCCCUGUUCCAGGAGGCUGUUGUGUGCGACCUGCGGCGCGUGCUCGUCAACUGUCGUGCCAUCAGAGACGAAUGGUUUGAUGCGCUCUCCUGGGAAAUCUAUUUUGAGCCACAACUCGAUGCGGGCUGCUUCGAUUUGGGCUUCACUCCGCGCAACCGCCUCUUAACACCGUCGUUCGAAUUGAGAACGAAAUCACUUCGUGCCUAUUAUGGGAAAGAGCUUGGUAUUCCGGUGCCGAGGGCCUCGCUGGAGCGCGGUGCGUUACUCGCAGAGCAGCUUGAUGAGGAGGGCAGGCUCUCGGAAUCCUCGAAUAGCGACGAAUUCGAAUCAGACAUAGGCGACGAGCCGGAGACUGCAACCGCUUCGAGUCUACAGCGAUGGCUUUUGACGCUCUGGUCGGCUUUGCGCGCUGACCUCGUCGAUCCUGUUUUGAAUGCUGAUGAAGAAUGCAUCGAGCAUCGCUCGUUUUGGGGACGCAUAUUUCACCGUCAGCUAGUCACGUCCGAUUCCGCCGAAAGGGCAACUACGCGAAGCACGCGAGAGACCUCAGCUGGUGAAGCUGCAUCCACCAGCAUACCUCGCACAGACCCCGAUCCAGAUGGUGCUUCAAAAGGCCCAGCACCCGCUCAGGAGAUAGGCUGGAUCGCACGUUUCUGGCGAUCAGCGGGCGAUCCUGGUCUCAGCGAGCGUCCCCCGGUGCAUUUGCCACGCUUCGCGAGCCUCGAUGCUGACCUGCCCGAUGGUGCUUGUUUGCCGCUGUUGCAUUCGACGCGAAAUACUGGUCGACGACAAAGACAAAAGGCGCACGAUGGACGGCUACGUAGCCGUGAUGGUGGUGCAGCUUCAGGGCACUCGCGAUGGCGCCUCGGUCGAUUGUGGAACACGUUGGUCCAUGAAUCGCCAGAUCACGACUGUGUGGAUGCUGGUGCUGCUACACAAGUUGAUCGUGGAGCGGGCGACGGGGCGGAUAUGGUGGGAGGCCUCACGGCAUCGGGCGCCUCAGAAGCUGCAGCGCAGAUGCCUCGAUGGCGGCGCUGGUUGCACGUCCCGAGAGUCACAGCGUCAGGCGUGUGCGGUGCUCCCCAAAUGAACGAGCACAUGAGAACGAUUCGGAAAGGGCGUAAGCGGAACCGCUAUGAUCACCACUCUGCCGAGUCGCUUUCCAUAUCUGAUUCUGAGAUAGCACGGCGAUUUCAGCGCCCGUGGCGGAAGUUUCCUGUACAGUUCCAUGCAGCGGCUGCCGGUCGCAUUCGGCAAUGGUGGACGGGCCGCGACUCCAGUGACCGGCACGUGAACGCGAGCGUCACUAGCAUUCGAGAGCACAGUGAUGAUCACUGCAUCGCAAGUGCUUCAAAUGCCACUGAGCAAGGAGUUUGUACAGAGACGAGUUCGAAUGUGAGCGCGGUAGAUUCGCUUUCAGAGAACUACCAGGGAUCCAUGCGUAUUCAAGGUCUUCCAUGA